AAUAUUGUUAUGAGCGCUGAUAACAAGAUGCCUUCGCCUCACCGAUUACUCAUAGUCGGUGCAGGGCUAACAGGGUCAGUUACAGCUUCCUUGCUGCGCAGAAAGUUUCCAAAGGAGGCGUUGAAUAUCACUUUCUGGGAGAAAUCUCGCGGAGCAGGGGGGAGAAUGAAUACCAACAGAAGCGCAAGUGAUUCACGCUGUACCGUGGAUCUUGGAGCACAAUAUGUAACAGCGACACCGGAUUAUUACAGAUCUCACGAGAGUUUCUAUCAGGAACUGAUAUCAGCAAAAGUAUUGGUGCCAUUUAAUGGAAUCAUAGAAGGAGAAAACAAAAAGGAAGGAAUGAAAAACUUUACAGCACCGUCAGGGAUGAAUUCCAUAGUCAAAAAUUUUCUGAAUUCUUCAGGGCCCAUCUCUCCUGGCACACACAAGCGUGCCGUUUGGAAUAGAACAUUUAGAGAUGGACAUGAAUGAUGUUAAAGAGAUUAUCAUAUCACACGUGAAACAAAUACUUCCCGACCUUCCAGAACCCGUGAACAGUCGCUGUUUAAGAUGGCGGUAUUCUCAAGUGUCACGCGGUGUUGAUGGUUCUCCAGGAUGCAUUGCGUUGUGUAACUCUCCGCUUCUGGUUGCUUGCGGUGAUGCGUUCUCUCACUCGAAUUUCGAUGGUUGCAUAGACUCAGCUAUGUCUGUAGUGGACACAUUUUGCAAAAUAACAUCCGUUAGCAACCUGUAGGUUUUUGCAAGGUGGUGGAUAGGUCAUGCUUUGCGCGUGACGUGGCAGAAUUUUCGUCAAAUAGUCACGUAACGUUCCUUUCUCCUGUGGACAUAAGCGUAACCUGAGAAGUCAAUGACGAUUUCGAGCUGGUGCAAAGGACAUUGGAUAUUUUUUCUUACAGAACAUGAAGCCACUGUCAGAUAAGCAGAUUGACUUAAUCCUGGCGUUUAAAUCUAAGAGGGCCACGACUGUUUUAAGACAACUAUUUAUACAUUAAAGGAUUU